AUGAGCGAGCUCGAUCCUUCCAGUUCAAGUCUCUCACCAUUGACGGUUGGCACAUACAUCUCGAUCCACUUCGACGAUGGAGAUCUGACGGGGCUAUUGACGCAGGCCUCCGAGGACGACCUUUGCGACCCUCUCUACUGGCAGUUUCAAGAGGUUCAUGGGGCGGUGCCGAAGCUGAAAGUGCUAUUCCCCGAUGGCUCAUCGACGUUUGUCCAGGCCUCGGGCAGGACGCAAUCCGACACUCCAGCUCUCAUCGACGAAGAUGGGGACAAGCAUGGGUUCUUGGUAGUUGAGAACAUGCCCAAACAGGUGCAAACGAGUCGUCCACCCGCAGUGCCACUUGCAUCACGGAUACCAGCCCCCGGCGGCUACGGGUUCUUCGUGCGGGAGACGGUAGAUGAGGACUACGAGGAAUCCCGAGCAUCGCCUCGCAAGACAGCCAAGAGGCCGACCAGUCGCAAGAAGCCCGCAGCAGGCCCUCCCAAAAAAGCUCGGCUUUCCGGCGACAAAUCCGACAAGGGUGCCGAAGGCCCUCCUCCUCCUCCUCCUCCUCCUCCUGCAGGUGCCAGCGACUGCUCAGGAGAUGUCAACACAGAAGGACAGAAAGCGGCAGCUGAGGGCGAAGGCGACGCAGUGCCAACUGGCCAGACGGAAGGUGGUGCUGCCGAAAAUGAUAGACCUGCCGAGGAAUCAGGCGGUGGUGCAAAAGCCCGCGUGAUGGUUGAGCACGCCAAGACACCUCGAUCAGUUUGCAGAAGCUGCGGGGGCAGCAUCGACAAGGGAAGCGUGCGCUGCGGAGUUCAAGGCUAUGCCGGAGGCAGAUCUGUGCUUCUGUGGGCUCAUGCCACCUGCUUUCUGGAGAAGACUCGGGUAGAGUACGUGCCCAACACUUACCCGAUUGCUGUCAGCCGGACUGACCAAAACGUCAAUUUCGAUGCCGAUGCGGCUUCGCAACUGUACUGCGAAAUGUGGUACCACGAAAGCCUUCUCUGCCAGAGCUUUUCAGACGUGGUGUGUGACUGGACAGACAUGUUGAGAGGUCAGUUUCCGUGCAUGCUAGCAUCCCCCAAAAGUUCGGAGCUUUGA